AUGGGUUUCUACAAGAGUCUUCGACGAUGCCCAGGCGUCGUGGAGUUCGCACCACAUCUCGGCAACGAGCACGGUCAAGGGCGAGUCGAACCGGAAUUGGCAGCGAAUGUGCGGUUUGUUCUGGACGACGUCGUCUGCGUGCCUCGACUUCCACGGGUGCCAGUGGCGUACGAUCGAUUGUUUCUUGGUCUGAACAAACUCUUGGACAGCGGCUGCACGCUGGAGGUUGAUCCUUGGGACCACUGGAUCACAAGACGUAACGGGAAUUUGCUGGUCUUUGGAGUCAGGUCCCCGUCUCUCCCGGACCCAGAAAUGCGCUUUGCGCUAGAUCCACUGGCGCGAGCCGUCCAACCUUUGGGCGUUCCUCAGCUCUUGCAGAAUGCCGACCCGACAGAAAGUGCGCAUCCUGAACGACUACCACCUCGAGAAUUGCAAGCUGCGAUCCUAAGGGUAACCAGACGAGAUCCCGUCGAAGUUGACAAGGAUAUCGGAACGCUCACGGAAUGUGGCAAGACCAACAAUGCAACGACAGCCUACAAAGCCAGCACUGAGCGGCUCUACCUGUCGAAGCCGCAUUUCCACAAGUUCUUCUCGAAGAAGGUUAAACGUGCGUCACCGGCCGUCCAUCGUGGCUACUGGCUUCGGAUGCGCGCGAUCAAGUGGGUGAUACAGCAGUUCCUUGACAGACCGUCAGACCAGAAGAAAGUUAUCAUCAACUUCGGUGCUGGAUAUGACCCUCAACCAUUCCGAUGGCUGUCGCAAGAGGGUGGGCUUUGUUCCGGCUUCAAAUUUGUCGACAUCGACUAUGACUUAGUGAUGGAAACCAAACGAGACAUUAUCAUGAGCACACCGGAGUUGAGAAAGUUGCUGCAUUUCUCCAGCUCAUCUUGCACCAGCAGCGAGCCUUCUGUGUUGCUCGACAGCGAAGAAUAUGCUGCAAUUGGGUGCGAUAUGCGUAACCUACGCAGGUUGGAAAGACUGCUCAAGUCAAUAGUCAACCUUGAUGAGUGCUCGUUUCUUUGUAUAGCUGAGGACUCCACCUCGUUCAUGCCUGUGAGUGCUGCUGACUCACUCAUUGCUUGGUGUUCAAGACUAUCAAAAGAUGUUACUUUCUGCCUCCUGGAACCUUGCAGCCCCGAUCAGCCAGACAACCCUUUUACAAGGAAAAUGACCGAUCACUACAUUGGUCUCGGCACACCCUUGAAAUCUAUCUUCCAGUAUCCGGAUGAUCGAUCUCAGAUUCAGCGCUUCAGCAACGCAAAUUUCAGCCAAAUUGAUUACCAGUCGUUAUGGGAGCUCUGGGCUGACCCUCGUUUUCUGUCUCCCUCGCAACGCAUGGAGCUGGAUCACGUUGAGCCUUUUGAUGAGUGGGAAGAAUUUGCUCUUUGGGCAAGUCACUACUGCCUGGUGAUUGCACAAAACGGCGCUCAUCCCACCCUUCCGGGAAAACUUAUCAGGGUUCGCGCCGACUCGGUUUCUAGUGAAACUUCUGACAUCUCAGCGAGGACAUCCUCCCCAUGCAACCCUGACUCUGAGCAUUUCGCUUACCGCUAUUACGAUGACCCUGGUGAACUUUGCCAGCGCCAUCACGGAUCCGCGUACCCUAUACCCGACCAGGACGCCGUUGCCAUCUUUGGGGGUGCAGGAUCCAAAUCAUGCCUUUCGACAAGUGCCGUCUGCCGACCACGUCAUUUGAACGACGAGACACCCAUAGUUCUGCCGCCCGAAGUCGGUGCUCGAUGUUGUCAUGUCAACACUGCACUGAACAACGGAGACAAUAUUUUAGUUGGUGGCCGCCUCUCACCGACUCAACCUCUAAAGGACUGCUGGCUACAAAAAGGGAAUAUCUGGUAUCGCAUCCACGAUCUACCCGAAGGACGAUAUCGACACCGAAUAGCGCCCGUGACUUUGCCUGACAAUGUUUUUGGUGCCCUCUGCUUCGGAGGUAAAGUGGGGCCGACCAGAGUGGCCACCGACGUGCUGCUGUGGGAGCCGCACAAGGGUUGGCGUGAGCUGCGGAUUUUCGGCAAGGACCCUAAACCUAGGUUUGCGCCAAAUUUUGUGUGUCUUGGUUUCAACCAUGGCUUACUGUUUGGCGGCAUGAGACAAGACGGUGUCAUAUGCCAGGGCUUCUGGCGCUGGCGCCUUGUGAUACGCGAUAAUGCCGUACAAGCGCUGAGGUUUCGUCCUUCACAAGGGUUGGAUACCAGCAUUGGGUCAUAUCAAUACUUUGCUCGAUUUGGUGCUUCCUAUGGCUUUGUACAAGACUACCUUCUGAUCAUCGGCGGCAUAGGCAGAUUGGGAUGCAUUCCAAAAACAUACGAGAUCUUGUCUCUGACCGGGACUUUUUCAACCUGGCAUGACGAGAGCAAGGAACCGAGUUUCCGCGUGGCUGCUGUCGAGGCAAUGUGCUUGCAAGACUGUCCGCGCCCAUUCCUUAUCGGUCACUCCACGCUUCGAACGCGAACAGGAAUGUAUGUUAUCCUGGGUGGAGGUGCCGACUGCUUCAACUACGGCGAAUACUUUAACAAAGGGAUCUGGGUUCUAUAUGAGAAAGAAGCCGGGCUUGCCGCGGAUUGGGUUACUGUGCCUAGCAAGGCCUCGAAAUAUCCUCCAGCGAAUUCCGACUCGAGUUUCACUGCAGUUGACAGGUGUCCUGAGGGUGUUCUCAUUGCCCCAGCCUUGAUGGCCGACCCUGAAGAUUUCCAUGCUGCAGUGCGUGUCUCGAGGCCUCUGCUUAUGAGAGGGCUUGAUUUGGGGCCAUGUCAAAUGCAUUCGGUCGACUUUCUAAAAACAGCAAUUCUCCAGAACACCAUGAGCGAGGAAAUGGGCAAUCUAUUGAAAAGCUCAGCACAUGUGAAUAUGUCGCUGGGGCAAAUCUUGGACGCGCUUGGGCUAUCCUCAACAUCUUUUGACAUCCACAGUCCGGCCGCCACCCUGGAAAACAGCAAUCCAGCAUGCACCCAGAAACCCCAGCCGGAUAAUGGUGAUCUAUUCGUGGUUCCCAAUCAACUCAGCAGCGUCGGACCCCUUACGCACUCGCUCCGGCUAGACAUAUCCAAGGAGAUCUCCACCAAGCUGCGGUACAGCGCAAUGGCAAAUAUUAUGUUCCAGCUUCGUGGUACCAGAAAAUUACUCCUGUUUCCGCCCAGCGACCAAAGCAAACUGGAGUUCCUCCCCGGGGCAACCACGAGCAAUCUUGAUAUAUUCUGUGACAAAACACCAUUACAAGAGCACAUAUUCUAUGCACCAUCUGGCACAAGUCCGCACAUCGCCAUACAAAAGCCCGGAGAUGCUCUGUUCAUUCCACCUUUCUGGUCUGUUGCCAGUGUGAUAUAUUUCAAUAGCAGCAAUGAUAGGGGUCGUCUGUACAAUGGAGUGUUUUCAUCGAGUUCUACCAGCGAGAAGCUAUCUGGUCUCAGCAGCAAUGGCUCAAUCUCUGGAAGCGAGCCUGUGUACGAGGUCAAAGAAGCGCCACACAUCCGGGAUGAUUGGAUCGACGUAACAGUCAAUCUCUCAUUCCGUAACCUACCGCCAGCUGUAUUUACUGCCAGCCCCCGUCACAAUUCACCGCCUGAUCUGGCAGCCUAUGAAGAGGGGCGGCGAGACCUCGAGAACAUUGUUAAGAGAUUCACCUCGAAUGUUCACCAUUCCGGGUCAAUGGUGAAUGGACAAACCGCUCUGACAAAUUCAGCUAUGAGCUUGGAUCUCAUGCUUGCAAGCAUUCCAAAGGACAUAGCUAAAGCGUAUCUGCAAAGAUUGGGCAAAGAGUUACUCAUGAAGGCUGACGAGUUAUAA